AUGAUUGGACCGUGGUAUGUUUAUAAGGUAUUGGCCCCCAAUUGUUCCUCAUCCUCUUCGUCACCUCCAGCAUCGUCACAGCAACACGAUCAAAAUCAUCAUCACGCCAUUCAUCAUCAACAGCAGUUAGUGCAUCACAAUCAAUCAACUGCUCCUACAAUCAUUCACGCUCAGCAUCCUCCUCAACAACAACAACAACAGUUAGAAUUAUUAGACGAAGUCGAUAUAGACGAAGAAUAUUUACAAUUUAGUGAAGAAACAGCAGCUAUGACUAAUUAUCAUCGACAACAUCAUGGUUCAGAAAGUUUAACUGAUGAUGAUAUGUCUGAUAGUAAAGCACAAACAAAUUUAAUUAUUAAUUAUUUACCCCAAACAAUGACACAAGAUGAAAUUAAAGAUUUAUUUGGUCAAAGUUUAGGCUAUGGAUUUGUUAAUUUUAUUCGUACAGAUGAUGCAGAAAAAGCUGUUAAACAAAUGAAUGGUUUACGUCUUCAAAACAAAAAAAUUAAAGUAUCGUAUGCGAGACCGAGUUCCGAAUUAAUCAAAGGAGCAAAUUUGUAUAUUUGUGGAUUACCUAAACAUUGGCGAACGCAUGAGUUAGAAACAUAUUUUUCUCCUUGCGGCAAAAUUAUUGCCAGUCGAAUUUUAACCGAUUCAAAUACAGGUACUUCCAAAGGUGUUGGUUUUAUUCGUUUUGAUCAACGUUGUGAAGCAGAAAGUGCAAUUAAUAAAUUAAAUGGAACAAUACCGAAAGGUUUUACGGAUCCAAUUAAUGUUAAAUUUGCUAAUAUACCAAAUGCUGCUAAAUCCAUGGUUGGUCUACCAUUAGCGCCAUAUAUUUCUGGCAUAGGUGGUGCGCCAACACAACAAACUGUUUUAACAACUGGACUACCAAUUCGACAACCAUUAAAUAGGUACAGAUAUUCGCCAUUAUCACCAGCCGAUUUUUUUGCUGCAACAGCCAGUUAUCUUCCAACAGCAACCACUACUGUUCCUUCAGCGACGACGUUGCCUCCAUCAACAGGUUGGUGUAUAUUUGUCUAUAAUCUUGCACCAGAAACAGAAGAAUCUGUAUUAUGGCAAUUAUUUGGACCAUUUGGAGCUGUACAAAAUGUAAAAGUUAUUAGAGAUUUUCAAACACAAAAAUGUAAAGGUUUUGGUUUUGUAACAAUGACAAAUUAUGAUGAAGCAUUAAUGGCAAUUAAUUCAUUAAAUGGUUUUACAUUAGGCAAUCGUGUUUUACAAGUAUCAUUCAAAACAAAUAAACCACAACCGCUCAAAUCCUUUUAA